AUGUUGAAAAUCGGUGGUAACGCUGCUGACGCGAUGGUAGCGACCAGCUUCUGCGUCGGGGUGGUCGCAAUGUAUCACAGCGGCAUAGGCGGUGGCGGUUUCAUGCUUGUUCGGAAUCAAACCGGUUCGUUUGAGUUUUUGGAUUUUCGAGAGACGGCGCCCGCCUUGGCCACCGUCGACAAGUUCAGUCAGGCAGCAGAUAAUGGUCCAGCCAAUGCGGGCUUGAAGAGCCUCGUCAGCGGCGUGCCAGGGGAGCUGAGAGGGUUGGAGUACCUUUCCAGAAAAUACGGCGCGCUGCCGUGGUCGACCGUCAUGGGGCCUGCUGUUCGACUGGCAAGAGACGGCUUCCCCGUCACCAGGGAUCUUCUUCGCUACAUGAACUACGCGAUUGAAGAAUACGGGGAAGACUUUCUUCACUCCGACCCUGACUGGGCCGUGGACUUUGCCCCCCACGGUCGCCGGCUCCGUCUUGGGGAUACCAUGACGAGGAAGCGAUACGCGAGCGCGCUGGAGAAGAUUGCCUCGGGCGGGCCGGACGUCUUUUAUUCUGGUCCUCUUGGGCGGCAGUUUGUUGACACGGCUGCGGCAGCUGGGGGGGUCAUGACGACGGAUGACCUGCGAGACUACAAGGUGGUUGUUCGUAACCAUUCUGAGAUCGAGUACCGCGGCCAUCGCGUCAUCACCACUACUGCGCCAUCCAGUGGGAUUGUGAUUGCGAAUAUUCUCAAAGUUCUCAACACGUAUGAUGAUCUGUUCACGCCCCAGAAUGUGAACUUGAGUACACAUUACCUAGACGAAGCCAUGCGAUUUGCCUAUGGUCUGAGGACAAGGUUGGGCGACCCGGAUUUUGUAGAUGGCAUGGAGGAAUACCAGGAUUACAUGAUACAACAAUCGACCGCUGACGCCAUUCGUCGUCGUAUACUCGAUACGCAGACGCACAACGUGUCCGAGUAUAAUCCCGAUGGAAUAGAGAGUAUAGACACACCAGGCACGUCGCACAUGGCUAGUGUAGACUCAUCUGGACUCGCCAUCUCUGCCACAACCUCUAUCAAUCUCUUGUUCGGGAGCCGAAUAAUUGUUCCAGAAAGCGGGAUCAUUCUCAACAACGAACUGGAUGAUUUCUCACGGCCAAACGCCUCCAAACCUUUUGGUCGCUAUCCAUCACGCGCGAAUUUCAUCGCUCCGGGGAAGCGGCCAUUCUCAUCCAUGUCGCCGUCCAUGGUGCUGCGUCCGGACGGGUCGCUGCUGAUGCUUGCCGGGGCCGCGGGAGGCAGCUUCAUCACGACGGCGACGACGCAAAACAUCAUUGCCGCGGUUGACGAGGGUCUCUCGGCGACCGAGAUCCUGGCCAAGCCACGCCUCCACGACCAGCUGACCCCAAACCACAUCAUUUUUGAGACCGCCUACGACAACGCGACGGUGGAUUUCAUGCGACGUCUCGGCCACGAGGUAGUUUUUAUACCUCCCAUAGCUAGCAUGGCGCAUGCCAUUCUCGUCUCGUCUGAUGGCCGGUAUGAUGUCGCUGCUGAGCCGAGACAGCAGGACUCUGGUGGUGCCAUUGUGUAG